AAGUUGAAUCAACUGGGCAUCACAAGCGUUAUUGAUGCAACAAAUAUUCCAAGUAAUCCUCAAUAUCAAGGGAUUGAAUAUCUCAGAACACCGUUGGAUGACGAUGUUAUCUCAAAUAUAACGCAAUAUUUCGUCAAAGUUGCUGAUUUCGUUGAAUCAACCCGAUCAAAGUCUUGGAAUGUAGGCUUGAAUUCUGGUGAAGAACCUCUGAGUGCAUUACCGUUUGAAAUGCGUGCAAUGAAUGAGUAUUUGAAGACCUAA